AUGGGUCGAUCUAUGGGAGCUCACGAAUAUGUUGCCACACUCAAGGGCCAGAAACUGCGGUUUCCUAACCUUGAAGAGCCGGUUAAGAACUGGCCAAAGGGGAUGAGCCAGCACCUUGAAAUUCUGAACAAGGUACAACAUCUUGAUCUUUUGAAACUUCUUGGACCUGGUAAGGCAUACGACAUUUGUGAAUCAACCGACUGUCCAUACUUUGUUUGCGCCUGGUGGCCCAAUGCAGACUAUGAUGCUUUGCGUUUUGCGGCACAAUUCAUCACCUUUCUUUAUCUCUGGGAUGACGAUACCGAUAACCCGGAAUUAACGAACCUGGUUUCUGACCUGGAUGCUUCUACCGCAUUCAGAGCGAAGAGUGUUGCCCAUUUUGAACGGUUCUUGGCAGAUAGACCUUUACAAGCCCAACCAGAAAAGGAGUCGCCUCCGGCUACGUUGAAGAGCUUCAAUCCAGUUGGAGAAGGAGCUGCUUUCAGGAUGACCAAAGGGCAACGAUUGAAGUUCCUAGGGGAGUUGGUGAGAUACAUGGACGCUUGCGACACUGAGCAGCGCUCUGAAUUGAGCGGCAUUGCUCCUACGAUCCAGGAGUACCUACCAUGUCGAAUGGGUACCAGUGCCGCCGGAUCAGUGGUGGCAAUUCUUGAGUAUAUGCUCAAAAUCGAUCUGGGUGACGCUCUUAGGAAUGAUCCAGACAUCAAGGUUGUCUUCGAUGAGACUGUGUGUCUGAUCGCAAUAAUGAACGAUAUGUUCUCACUUAGAAGAGAACUUCGGUACCCUUUCUUCAAUAACGCCGUUGCAGUUCUUUACCAUGAGCAUCAAUGUCUCCAAACAGCGGUAAACGAGACGUACAAGAUCGUUUUGAGCAGCGCUGCAAACCUAGAAGCAGCUGAAGCAAGGUUACUUGCACGAUACCCACAGCGCAAAGGCGAUCUGCACGCCUGGAUUGAGGGGGCCAAGACUAUGGUGACAGGCAAUAUGGCAUGGAGCAUGCAUAUAAGGCGGUACAGCCUUGACAUUUCUACACUGGAUGGCACGUCCGAAGUCACGAUCUAG